GAAGAGUAGGACAAAGAAGACUGCUUUCUCAUUGUCAGUGCAAGAUGAGAAGAAGAGUAGGGCUAAGAAGACUGCUUUCUCAUUGUCAGUGCAAGAUGAGGAGAAGAGUAGGGCUAAGAAGACUGCUUUCUCCCUGUCAGUGCAAGAUGAGGAGAAGAGUAGGGCCAAGAAGGGCUAAGAAGACUGCUUUCUCCCUGUCAGUGCAAGAUGAGGAGAAGAGUAGGGCCAAGAAGACUGCUUUCUCCCUGUCAGUGCAAGAUGAGGAGAAGAGCAGGGCUAAGAAGACUGCUUUCUCAUUGUCAGUGCAAGAUGAGAAGAAGAGUAGGGCUAAGAAGACUGCUUUCUCAUUGUCAGUGCAAGAUGAGAAGAAGAGUAGGGCUAAGAAGACUGCUUUCUCCCUGUCAGUGCAAGAUGAGGAGAAGAGUAGGGCUAAGAAGACUGCUUUCUCCCUGUCAGUGCAAGAUGAGGAGAAGAGUAGGACAAAGAAGACUGCUUUCUCAUUGUCAGUGCAAGAUGAGGAGAAGAGUAGGACAAAGAAGACUGCUUUCUCCCUGUCAGUGCAAGAUGAGGAGAAGAGUAGGGCUAAGAAGACUGCUUUCUCCCUGUCAGUGCAAGAUGAGGAGAAGAGUAGGGCUAAGAAGACUGCUUUCUCCCUGUCAGUGCAAGAUGAGGAGAAGAGUAGGGCUAAGAAGACUGCUUUCUCCCUGUCAGUGCAAGAUGAGAAGAAGAGUAGGACAAAGAAGACUGCUUUCUCAUUGUCAGUGCAAGAUGAGGAGAAGAGUAGGACAAAGAAGACUGCUUUCUCCCUGUCAGUGCAAGAUGAGGAGAAGAGUAGGGCUAAGAAGACUGCUUUCUCCCUGUCAGUGCAAGAUGAGGAGAAGAGUAGGGCUAAGAAGACUGCUUUCUCAUUGUCAGUGCAAGGUGAGGAGAAGAGUAGGGCCAAGAAGACUGCUUUCUCAUUGUCAGUGCAAGAUGAGGAGAAGAGUAGGGCUAAGAAGACUGCUUUCUCAUUGUCAGUGCAAGAUGAGGAGAAGAGUAGGGCCAAGAAGACUGCUUUCUCAUUGUCAGUGCAAGAUGAGGAGAAGAGUAGGGCCAAGAAGACUGCUUUCUCCCUGUCAGUGCAAGAUGAGAAGAAGAGUAGGGCCAAGAAGACUGCUUUCUCAUUGUCAGUGCAAGAUGAGAAGAAGAGUAGGGCCAAGAAGACUGCUUUCUCAUUGUCAGUGCAAGAUGAGAAGAAGAGUAGGGCCAAGAAGACUGCUUUCUCAUUGUCAGUGCAAGAUGAGGAGAAGAAGAGUAGGGCCAAGAAGACUGCUUUCUCAUUGUCAGUGCAAGAUGAGAAGAAGAAGAGUAGGGCUAAGAAGACUGCUUUCUCAUUGUCAGUGCAAGAUGAGGAGAAGAAGAGUAGGGCCAAGAAGACUGCUUUCUCAUUGUCAGUGCAAGAUGAGGAGCUCAUGCUUGACUUCCUCCAAGACAAUCCUGUCCUCUGGAACCUGAAGAUGACGGACUACAGGAGGACUGACAAGAAGGGCAAGAUAUGGGAGGACCAGGCACAGCCUCAUGACAAGACCAAGAAGGAGAAGAAGAGUAGGGCCAAGAAGACUGCGUUCUCAUUGUCAGUGCAAGAUGAGGAGCUCAUGCUUGACUUCCUCCAAGACAAGCCUGUCCUCUGGAACCUGAAGAUGACGGACUACAGGAGGACAGACAAGAAGGGCAAGAUAUGGGAGGACCAGGCACAGCGGAUGGACAAGACUUCAGAAUUCCUCAGGGGUUGGUUUAAGUCACUCAGAGACAACCACACACGCCUUGACAAGAAGAAGAGUGGGGAUGGUGCUCCUGAGCUCACGGAGAGGGAGGAGUGGAUCAUGGCAAAGUUUGGAUUCCUGAAAACUGUCAUCCGACACCAUCUUGAGACCUGCAAUAGUGUGAAGGCUACUAUUGACGUGCAUGAGGGAGACCUAGAUGCUGCUGAGGCUGCCUGCGCCGAGCAGCAAGUUGGUCUCAAGGAGGCUGACAUCAUCCCUCCCCUCCCCUCAUCCUCACGGCACAAGCGGGCUCAGGACGAUGACGGCGCUCUCCUGGAAUACCUCCAGAAGAAAGUGUAG